AUGGAUCGCAUUUCGCUCCCCUCGCCAUUGUCACACUCGCUCGCGUCGCCUCGGGCACGCCUCGGGCCGUGGCUCCUUCCUCCCGACCGACGGACCGUCGCAGCGACAUUCAAUGGAGUCAACGGGGCCGACAGAGACAACAGCGUUAACAGAGUCAGCGGAGUCAACGGAGUCAACAGGGUCAGCCAAGUCAGCAGAAACAGCGACAGGGACUCGCUCAUCCCGUCUCGUUUUUUCACGUCGCUAUCCUCCCGCGCCUCCCUCUGCGCUAAAUCCCACGUUUUUCUCCGCCAAUCCGCUUGCGCCUCCCCACGACCCUCCCCCUGCCUUUCCGCCUCGCCCUCCGCUAGUAUCUGGGCCAGCACGUCUUGCGCGCACCCCGGAGAGGAGACGCUGAGGCGCCCCGGCGCUCCAAGAGGAGGCGCGGGGCGCAUUGGCGCGCCACUGGCGGGGCUGCAGCUGCGUGCUGCGCUCCCCCUGGUUGCGCGGGCGGAAGGCGGGGGCGAGGCCGGUGUUAUCGCACCCGCUCCAUCGCACUCACAAAGGGUGCUGCUGCUUCUGCCCCCUCCUGGUCACUCUCCUGCUUACGCGUUCCCUCCUUCCUCCCCUGCAGCUGGCCCGGCACCAACCAGAGACACAGGCACACUGUUGAUUCGCCUCUAUAAUCGAUACGACUAUGAUCUAGCCCGGCACCAUCCAGAGCUACAGACGGUGGUGGGCGUGGACCCCUCAGCACAUCAUAUGUUGCACUGCCUCCUCCCUUCACUCCCAUGCCUCCGCAUUUCUCCCACCCUCUUCACAUCUCCCCUGCAGCUAUGCCAACACCAUCCAGAGCUAGAGACGGUGGAGGGCGUGCACGUGGGCCCCUCAGCACACGCCAUCGCUGCUGAUUUUGCCUCCCUUCACUCUUUUGCCUCUGCUCUCUCCUGUGCUCUCUCCCAUUUCGUUUCUCCCCUGCAGCUAUGCCAGCGCCAUCCAGAGCUACAGACGGUGGUGGGCGUGGACGUGGACCCUGCAGCACAUGCCAUCGCUGCCGCGCGCCUGCAUCCCUUCCUGCGCAUCGCUGCCCCGCCAGGCGCAAAGGCAGCCAGGCCGCAAGAUCUCCAUGCCCACGGCCAAGCAGCAGCGCCAGUUGCGGAGUGCGGGCAGCCUGAGGCGCAUGGGCAAGCAACGCUGCGAGCAGUAGAGACACCGGAAGCGACAUUGCGAGUGGCGGAGGAAAGGAGGGCCACAGCGACACUGCACGUGGUGGAGGGGAAUUUCCGGCGGAUGGUGGAGGCAUGUGCGGGCGUGGGGGUGGGGCGUGGCAGCGUGGACGGCAUUCUGCUGGACGUGGGGGUGUCUUCCAUGCAGGUGCGGGCUGGUUCGGUGGAGGUGGCAUCUGAUGCAGGUGGGGGUGUUCUGUGGCAUGUGCGGGCGUGGCAUGUGGGGGUGUUGUCCACGCAGUUGUCCCUCUGCGCUGCCCUCUCUCUCCCCUCACAGAUCGACAGGGCCGAAAGGGGAUUUAGCUUCUUAAGGGAUGGGCCGCUAGACAUGCGCAUGGACCCUAAGAGCCCCCUCACCGCUGAGGUUGCAGUUAACAAUUGGCCGGAGGAGGUCUUGGGGCAGAUCUUGAGAGACCUGGGGGAGGAGCGGCGGUGGCAGCAGAUUGCCCGGCGGAUCGUGGAGGCGCGGGGGAGAGGGCGCAUCAGCACCACCACCCAGCUCGCUGCGAUUGUGGCUGGAGGGGCAUAUGGGCCUAAGAAAAGCACUGCCUCUUCCUCCCGCCGUGGUGGUCCAGGCAUGCGCAUCCACCCGGCCACCCGCACAUUCCAGGCUCUCCGCAUCGCAGUAAAUGACGAGCUUGCCGCCCUGGCGCUCGCCAUUCCCGCUGCCCUCUCCCUGCUGGCGCCGGGCGGCCGACUGGCUGUCAUCUCCUUCCACUCGCUCGAGGAUCGCAUCGUGAAGCGAAGCUUCCUGGAAGCUGCCGCCGGCGUGCCUGUGCCCAUGCCUGUGCCAGUGCCCUUGCCAGUGGCCAUGCCUGUGCCAGUGUCUGCACCAGGAGUAGGGAGCAGCAGUGGCUUGGAAGGGCAUGGGCAUGCGAGGUACCGGGUGGUGACGAAGCGGCCGGUGGUGGCGGAGGAGGAUGAGUGGAGGGUGAAUGCACGCAGCAGGAGUGCCAAGCUGAGGGUCGUCGAGCGAGUCGCUUGA